UAAAAUAGAAAUCAUUUAAUGAAAACGACAGCUCGUUUUUUGAAGUAAUAAUUUCAAUUCUUUGUUAAAGAGAAAUUAGAAAUUGAAGAAAAUGGAGAAGAGCUUCACUCUGGUUCAGACGGUUCUCACCGCCGGUGUCUUCUCCGCCGUUUCUUGUUGGUAUGGAUUCAUGUUCGGAAGAGAAUCAGCUCGGAAAGAGCUCGGCGAUGUGAUUGAAAGUCUUCGCCGUGGAGACCCAGACCCAACUCCUCCUCCGCCACAUUCUUGAUUCUAUCGUGCUUGGAUUUGAGACUGCAGACAUGAUAUGGGGUCAAAACAUCUUUCAUUCUAUAUUUAUGAGAUUCAGUUAAGUGGAAGUAGCUUCAGAUCUUUGUUGAGAGCAUCCCAUGGCCAAUACUUAGUGGUAUCUUCAUGUCUUCUUACACCAUGCUUGCUGGUGAAUGAUGUGCUUCUGUACUUUUUAUGCUCUUCCCUUGUUGAUUCCAAUUUGAAGAUAAACAUCUUUAAUCAAGGCCUUUUUUUCUUCUUUUUUGUAUUACAUAAAUAUGAGCAAAAAAGUUACAAACAAGAUAUGUGCAUCCUCAAUAUCUCUAUAAAUAUAUAAACUUAGGCAGACUUUUCUUGAAA